AUAUUCUCGAUCUCGCCAUUUAUAUACGUCCCCGCCCGCUCCUAGCUAGCUAGCCACCAGUAGUUACAAGUGUAAGCACCACGGGACAGAGAAAGUAAAAGUAGCCAUCCUCACACAAACACCGCCCAUAUAAAAGACCAAAGCUUGCCAAAGACAGCAGCAGCGGCAGCUAGCAUCCCGAGGUAGCUAGCAAGCAGAUCGAAGCACCGCCGCUUCCUCGCAGUAGAUCAUGGCCGACCACUAUAACCAGCUGGUCGGCGGCAGUAGCGGCGGCCACGGAGGGAGCCCUGAGCGCGGCGGCGGGUCGGAGGGGAUCAAGGAGCAAGACCGCCUCCUCCCCAUCGCCAACGUGGGCCGGAUCAUGAAGCAGAUCCUGCCGCCCAACGCAAAGGUCUCCAAGGAGGCCAAGGAGACGAUGCAGGAGUGCGUCUCCGAGUUCAUCAGCUUCGUCACCGGCGAGGCCUCCGACAAGUGCCAUAAGGAGAAGCGCAAGACCGUCAACGGCGACGACGUCUGCUGGGCCUUCUCCGCGCUCGGCUUCGACGACUACGUCGACCCCAUGCGGAGGUACCUCCUCAAGUUCCGCGAGCUGGAGGGUGACCGCGCCGCGGCCGCAGCCUCGUCGCGCGGCGGCGGCAUGCCACCCGAUGCCGGCGGCCACGCCUCCGGCUCCGGUGCGGGCGUCGGCGGUGCGUCAGGCGGUCAUUUCAUGUUCGACGCCCUGGAUAGGAGCGAUAACAACAACGCCGGUGGCUCCAGGCAGUUUUGAGUACUCCUCCACUAUAGCCUGGUGAAUCAGAAUCAGAGAGGUCAGGCGACUAGUGGCAGGAUAACUAGUGCCAGACUGCCAGUGGAGAUUCAAGAGCUAGCAGUAGUUUUCUUUUUUCCUCUCUAGUUAAUUAAAUUAUUCUGGCGUGUAUUAAUUAUUGGAGAUGAAACAUCAUGGAGAGGGUCACUAGGAUCGACAAGGAUGGUGACGGCGACGCCAUGGACAAGUUCAAAUUAACAGGUGAAUGCACCAGCUGAUGAUCGAUUCCUUCUCGUUUGGUUCCCAAAUUAUUAUAUAGUGUUUGUGUAGCAAUUCUGCACACCCGGCCCGAGGAAAAUUUCAAGUUCAUUGUUUUUCAAUUUCACUAGUUAAUUAAGAUUCUACAUCGGUUCUAAAUUAUUGAUGUGCUUUA